AUGGCAAUGGCUCAAAACACAACAUUUAUCCCAGUGAAUGUUGGUGUGGUUCUUGACUUGGACGAUUUGGGUGGCAAGAUAGGGUUGAGUUGCAUCAACAUGGUCAUCUCAGACUUCUAUGCCACUCUGGGUAUCUUCGAUGAGGCCAUGGCUUUUGCGCAUCGAGACGAUCUGAAUCUUAUGUUGAUAUUGCAAGUAUUGGACUAA